AUGGUGAAUCUCCAACCAAGGCAGAUGCUAGCAAACCAGAGUUCCUCCUUACUUGUAUGUAUGGUUACUCUCAAUAUGAUAAGAAAAAAGAACAAUGGAAUUUCAUACAAAAAAUUAGUACUGAAAAAUAGUAGUCCUUGGAUUGUGUUAGGUGACCUCAACUUACACAUUUUAGACAGCUCCAAUAGUACUUCCUCUUCCAUGGAUGGCUGGGUUAACAAUGUUGUAGCUAACAGUGGUUUAGAAGACACUGGUUUUGUUGGAAAUGACUACACUUGGACUAAUAAUAAUUUAGGCACUGGUACCAGAAGAUCUAGGAUUGACAUGGCUUUAGGCAAUGGGGAGUGGAAUGUUCAUUCCCAAAUUCUCAACUGUUUCACCUCACUCAAGAAGAAACUUCAGUAUACAAGGCAAGAUUUAUCUAAGUGGAACAGGGAACAUUUUGGAGAUAUAAACACCAAAGUUGAUAAUCUCCAAAAAGAACUGGAUGUACUUCAAGCUCAACCUCAAAGUAUUGAUUAUGAAUACCAAAUCAAAGCAAUAAAUUUGGAGCUGAGCAAGUCGAAUAAAAAUAAAAGUGAAUUAUAUCAUCAAAAAUCUAGGAAACAUUUCAUAAGAGACAUGGAUAAUAAUAGCAAAUACUUCCAUACUAGAACCAAUAGAAAGAGAACAAGGAAUAACAUUGAUUCAAUCAAGGAUCAUAAUAAUGUAUGGUUACACUCAAGAGAAAAAAUUUCAAGUCAUCUUACUUCUCAUUUCAUGGAAAUCAGUACUACUACUUCUCCAAUUCUAGAGGACAGUUAUUAUCAUGUUCUUCCUUCUAUUAUUACUUCUGAGGAUAAUCUGUUGCUUACCAGGAUUCCAUCUCAAGAAGAAAUUUUUUCUACACCAAAAUCCAUGCAGAAUUGGAGUGCUCCAGGUCCAGAAGGUUUUCAAGUAGGCUUCUACAAAAGUCAGUGGGAAAUUGUUGGUUCAGAUGUUUCCCAAAUGGUUUCUAGAUUUUUUGAAACCAAACACAAUCUGAAGCAGAUCAAUAAUACUUACAUUUCACUCAUUCCUAAGAAGAAGAAGUAUACUUCAGCUGCUGAUUAUAGGCCAAUCGGGUUUGCAAUACUUCCUACAAUAUUAUUUCAAAAAAAAUAG